AAAUACUGGAAAAUGUAAGACUAAUACAUAAACCAGUGUCUUUGCAACCGCGAGGGCUGAUCAACAAAGGAAACUGGUGCUACAUCAAUGCUACCCUGCAAGCCUUGGUUGCUUGCCCUCCAAUGUAUCAUUUAAUGAAGUCCAUUCCAAUGUAUUCAAAAUCGCAGCGGCCGUGUACCUCAACACCAAUGAUAGACAGUUUUGUUCGUUUAAUGAAUGAGUUCACUAAUAUGCCUGUACCUCCUAAAGCAAAACAAGCUUUAGGUGAUAAAAUUGUGAGAGACAUCCGACCAGGAGCUGCCUUUGAACCUACAUACAUUUAUAGACUUUUGACGGUUAUAAAGUCAAGUCUGUCAGAAAAGGGCAGGCAAGAGGAUGCUGAAGAAUACUUGGGAUUUAUCCUCAAUGGACUGCAUGAAGAAAUGCUGACCCUAAAGAAACUUCUCUCUCCACAUAAUGAAAAACUCUCAGUUUCCAAUGGCCCUGAGGCUCAGACUGUUCAUGAGGAAGAGGAGCAAGACGAACAAGGGGAAGGCAGCGAGGAUGAAUGGGAGCAAGUGGGACCUCGCAACAAAUCGUCAGUCACUCGACAGGCUGACUUUGUGCAGACUCCAAUUACGGAUAUUUUUGGUGGACAUAUAAGAUCUGUUGUUUACCAGCAGAGUUCUAAGGAGUCUGCUACGCUGCAACCUUUCUUCACCCUGCAACUGGAUAUCCAGUCAGACAAGAUACGCACAGUUCAGGAUGCGUUGGAAAGUUUGGUGGCAAGAGAGUCUGUCCAGGGCUAUACCACAAAAACCAAGCAAGAGGUGGAGAUCAGUCGAAGAGUGACGCUAGAAGAACUCCCCCCUGUUCUUGUUUUACACCUCAAGCGGUUUGUGUAUGAGAAAACUGGUGGAUGUCAGAAGCUAAUCAAGAACAUUGAGUAUCCUGUUGAUCUGGAAAUUAGUAAAGAGCUACUCUCUCCUGGUGUGAAAAGUAAAAUUUUUAAAGGCCAAAGAACCUACCGGCUCUUUGCAGUUGUCUAUCACCACGGAAACAGCGCGACUGGCGGCCAUUACACUACGGACGUCUUCCAAAUCGGCCUCAACGGCUGGUUACGCAUCGAUGACCAGGCGGUCAAGGUGAUCAACCAGUACCAGGUGGUGAAGCCGUCGGCAGAGCGCACAGCCUACCUCCUGUACUACCGCCGGGUCGACCUGCUGUGAAACCGCUCCCUCUUACGCUGUGUGUGCAAGAUACCUGCUUUGUAGAACGCCAACUAUCACUAACUUUUUUUCUCCUGUAAAUGCUCUUUUGAGUGAAUCUUUUUUCCUUUUUUUUUUUUUCCUUUUUUUUUUUUUCCUUUUUAUUUCCCUUGCAACUAUGGGAUAGAGUGGUAAAGGAAAUACCUUGGGUUUGUGCACAACAUAGUUUGUGUUGACUUUUGACUUGGCAGAAUGAAGUCACUCGGUUGAAAGACUCACUCUUGUGAAUCACAAAAA